GACUGAGUCGGACGUUGGGCAUUCGCGUCGGUCGUUCCGACCAACAAAUCGUAGUGGAAACUCGAGAAUUCCGAAUCUGACCACGAACAACGGGUCUACUUUUAUAUAGAAGCGACCAGUUCAAUUCCGACCACAAAAAACUGGUCACAAAAUCCGCUAGCGUUGACCGAGUAAUUGCGUAAGAGUCUUGUUGAUAAACACUUGUAUAUCGUAAUGGAAUUGAUUCUAAACAACAAUCAUCGUUACCGAAUGAAAGGUUUAAAUAAACUGAAAAAGUUGACUUUGGAAUCCGAAGAGUUUCGUAAAGAAAAAUUCAUCAACAGCCUCGGUUGAAAAUUGCUCAAAUUUGCAGACAAUGAUAAAACAAAUUGAAAGCUCGUCAUGGAAAAUGUGCUUUUUCAUACGUUACUCUGACUUUAAAUGAUAGAGUAAAAAUGCACGGUUGAGUGGAAAGUGAAAAAUGUAGUUUAAAAAGUGACCUCUUGAAUCCGAGAAACGACGGUUCAUUACGACCUAAAAAUACUCGUAUAUGAUAGGCACAAAUGUUCGACGAGUGCACUAUGGUGCAAUGUUUCUCACAACGCUUAGUAUACAUAUCGGAGAUUCUACGAUUAAACUCAGAGUUAUAAAUAUUUGCUAUUACACAAGAGUACAUAUCUUAUUAGUACACACUAAAUAUGCGAAUGUUAAACGAUCGCAUUGAUAAAGUGCCUGAUAGCAGACGACAUUACUCGCUAAAUGUGAUAAUAGUUGAGGUGCGAAAAAAAGAUAUUGCGAGUUUGACAAUUCGUUGAAUGUUUAAAAAUGCUAAUUCAAUGCUAUAAAGAAAAUAUUUAUAAUUGGAGAUCGUUAAUAAUGAGUUUCGAAUGAACGUAAAAAUUCAAAUAAUUCAACUCUGCGAAAAAAAAUUGAUCGGAGUCUCCUUCGUGCGUGCGCGAACGUCAACUAAUUUUCGUUCGAAUUCGAUGAAUAAGUCGGGAAUUGUAAAUAAAUGUUCGAUGGAGAAAGCUCGUUUAAAGGUGAUGGAAAAAUUUGGGCAAAACAGUGCCUGGAUGAUAUAUUUAUUCUGAAUGAAAGGAAAAUGGGCUGUUCGCCGAGCGCGAUUUAUGCGUACAUGAAAAACGCUAAGAGACUCGAUGACGGAAAAACCGACGAGUCUCUCGUCAACAGUGAUUUGUCGGACGAUUUAAAUGGAUUAUUGAACAUAACGAGUGAUACGUCACGGGAAUAUUAUAAUUUUUUUCCUCCAAUUCAAUCGGAUCCUUCUCCUCUUUUCGGCAAUGGCGAUGCACCGGGAAUGCAAGAGCUCGAUUUUUGGAAAGAGAAAUCGCUGGUCGGGGAUUUCAUGUUCCCUCCUGAAGAAGAUAUGGAGUACUCGACCGCCAAGGGUCCGCAAGAUUUCAAUUCAACCCUUUCGAUAACCGAAGCAUCGCGAGUCGUUAAGGUCCUCCUAGUUUUUCCACGCGACGAUCAACAAGUCGAGGUGCUUGCCACAGCGGCCAGAAAGUUGGGAUGGAACGUGACUGUCGCGAAAAAUGGGGAAAAAGCAACCGAACAUUUUCAGAGCCGAUGUCACGAUCUAGUGAUUAUAGAUCACCGUGGACAGAGAGGUCCCGAAGGCGACAGUAUUUGCAGGGCCAUAAGAAAUACGAAUUGCCACCACAGCAGUGUAAUAUUAGCAUUAGUCAAAAAAUCAUUUUUCACGGUGAGUGAUAAGGAUGAACUUGUGACAUUGGAUCUGCUCAACACGGGCUUCAGCAGGGCGAUGAUGGAAUGUUCGCACGAAGUUAUGCUGAGCAAUCAACUGGUAGGGAUUUACGCGAGUGAGAUUGGGCCCCGUAUGCAAUUGGCAGCGGCUCAUGCCUUGUACGUGGCAGUUGACAGAUGUCGAGACAUGGUCCAUGUCACGGAUGAUCAGCACGUUGUUAAAUUCGUGAAUAAGGCCAGUGAAAGGUUGCUGGGCUACAAAUUCGAAGAGAUGCUCGGUAAGAAUCUUUCUGAAAUAAUAACAUGCGAAAAUUUCGCCGUAAUGGAUCAGCAGCUGCAACGCGGAAGAGAAUUCGAGGGUAACAUGAAUUGCAGGAGAAAGUUCAACGACACUAUUACCAUUAAUUGCAGAAUAGUGCCUUUUUGCGCUGCUGGCGUAAAACCAUCCCAUUAUAUUUACGUUCACGACACUAUGUAUCUUCUCGAGAACAUGGGAGUCGCUGGAGUAACGCUCGGAGGUCAGCAUCCAAGGGGUAGCUUACACUCACUGCGUCGAGGAUCAUUCGAUGUUAAAUCGAUCGGCAGCGAUAUCGGAACUGCAAGAAGAUCAAGCUUGCAGAAACUCAACAGUUUACCGCUCGAGGCGCCCAUUACGAAGGUCAUGACCCUUUUGACGAGCGCAAUGAGCGAAAUUACCGCGACACAUCCGGAAAUGGCGAUGCAAAUUGAUAAAGCCAUUGAGACUCUGAAGACUACGGAAUUGUACAGACCUUAUUUGAGGGAAGACACGAAGAUCUACAACGAUCCCGUCGCAUCGGACCUCAUCGAAGCCCUUUUAUCCAAAAGUUCGCACUACAUAAGAGACUCGCGAAGAUCGUCGAACGAUUCGAUCAAGAGCACAGCCUUAAGGAUGCUCAACGUAUCGUCAUCGGCGGCACGGCUUCACUCGAAAAAUCCUCAGACACCCAACGCCAUUGAGGAAUUAUUGGAUCGCAGUCUUGAUUGGGAGUUUGAUAUUUUUAAUUUGGAAGUCCUCUCGGGUAGACGGCCCCUCGUUCAUCUGGGCACGAAUCUCAUGUGCCUGUACCACGUUCCUGCGAGACUCGGCUGUGACGAGAAGACGCUGCACAAUUGGCUCACCGUUAUCGAGUACAAUUAUCAUCUCACCAACAGUUAUCACAAUUCGACCCACGCUGCAGACGUUCUCCAAGCGACUGCAAAAUUCAUGCAAUCCGAGAGACUCAAAAUGAUGCUCGAUCCGUUGGACGAGGUGGCUGCGCUCAUCGCUGCCGCUGCCCACGACGUUGAUCAUCCAGGAAAAUCCAGUCAGUUUCUCUGCAACUCUGACAACAAAUUGGCCAUACUUUACAACGAUCUCUCGGUGCUCGAGUCGCAUCACGCAGCUCUUACGUUUAAGCUCACAUUGGCCGAUGACAAUGUAAACAUAUUCAAGAAUCUCGAGAGAGAUACGUAUAAAAUAAUGCGAGAGAAUGUCAUAGACAUGAUUCUCGCCACCGAAAUGACCAAACAUUUUGAACAUUUGGCAAAGUUCGUCAACGUCUGCAGUAGCCGCGUCAGCGACGCUCAGAACGAGUACUUUCCUGAUGCUCUCGAUGUCGCCAUUCUGUUACAACCUGAGAACGUAACUCUGGUGAAGAUAAUGAUGAUUAAAUGUGCCGAUGUGUCGAAUCCAACGAGGCCAUUGCGCUGCUGUGUCGAGUGGGCGAAGCGUAUUGCCGAGGAGUAUUUCAGCCAGACCGACGAAGAAAAGAAAAAGAGAUUACCCGUCCUCAUGCCCAUGUUCGACAGAAUGACGUGCUCGAUACCCAAAUCGCAAAUUGGUUUUGUCGAUUACAUCAUACACGAUAUGAUCGAAGCAUGGGACGCUUUCAUCGACAUGCCAGAAAUGGUGACGCACAUGAAACACAAUUACGAGAAGUGGAAAGAAUAUCACGAACAAGGGAUUUCGACGUUGGGUGACAUAGAGAAGUUGCAGACUCAACCAGAACUGAAAGUGCCUCGCUUGCCAUGAUGAAAAAAAUAUUGUUGUUGAAACAACGUGAAAAAUUGAGGCCAAUUUAAAUUUAAGUCAAUUUUUUCAUUUCCCAUUUCAUAGACUGGAUAGUUUGAUACUUGAUUAAGAAUAUUGUAAUAAUAAAAGAAAAAAAAAUUAAAAAAAAAAAAAAAAAAAUAAACAAGACGAGUGGGUACAAUAUUAACGGCGGGAUAAUACCGCGUAUGUUCGUUGUACCCUCCGAAUAAAAAGGUAUUUUUGAACGUA